GUUUAUUUAUAAAGGAAUAAUAAUAUAUAGUAUUGAGUGUAAGACCAUAGUAGUGAGGUAAAGAGAGCAGGAGAGGUGGUGUGUGAAGGAGAAAAAAGGGGGAGAGGAAAACAGAGAGAGGUGGAGAGAAAGGUACGAGACCACACCCUCAGGUGGCCUUGGGGUUCCCUCCCUUUAGGUCAAAAAGGGAGGUAUAGACGUGUGAGAACCACUGGUCGCUUGAUUGGAGUAGUCUGUGUCGUCAGCUAAGCUAUUAAUUCAAAGUGAAGAUGUCGUAUUCUUUCACCAAAAAGACAUAUUCCACCCAAUCUACCAAGACCUCCAGUCCCAGCCAGGCCAUCGAGGAUGCCAAGAAGAAGACCUCCCUGCUGAAGGACAACAGCUGGAUCAGGAAAGAUGCUGAGGAGGAUGAACCAGUCGAGCGGGAUCCCAAUUUUGGUAGGGCUGUUCUGAGCCGCUACAAGCCGAACGAGACACUGGACAGUUCCAAGUCAGUGGAUACCAAGACCCCUCAAACCACGUCAGGUUCCACUUCCUACGUUCAGUCUCUCACUAAGAGGUUCAGUGCCAGCCAGGAUGAACUGAAUAAAGACAGCAUAUCUUCCCUGAAGUCCACAGAGGAGCCAAGGACAACCACUGUCACCAAAACUAUAGUCAAAGAGGAGCCGAAAACAAGCACCACAAUGACUACCAUUACCAAGAAUGGCAAAACCACUGAAAAAACCACUACCACCACCCAAAAUGUGGUAAAGACCCCCACCAAGACUGAAACCUUCACUGAGAAGGUCUUCUCUGACAUCAAGAACCCAAGCAAAAGCAUUGCCUACAGACCACCUGCACCAGCCAAACCGAAAGAGAGCGAAACAACAGAAAACACCUUCAAGACGGCGGACGAUCAGCUGUAUGAUACUCUCAUCCCCACAUCCAUUAAAACAAAGCUAACCCCGGACGGAGCUACAACUGUGUCCAAAACUGAGACUGUGACAGUCAAAUCCAGUAAAGACUGCUCUGAUGGAGAGAGCACCAAGACGACCACAACCACAAAGACAUCCGCCACCACUGAAGAUAAGCUGUUUGACACCCUCCUGCCCACAUCCUUCCAGUCUGGCUACAAUUCUCCUGACAGCACCAACACCACCACCACCACAACCGUCACCAAGAAGGACAUUGUUGUUGUGGACAGCACCAAAGGUGUUGAAAGUAAAACUGUGACUUCACCAACAUCUUCCACCAUCACUAAAUCCAGCUACAGCUCAUAUAGCAGUAUGGAUGAUCUCCCUUCCAGCCAAACCACCUCCUACACUAUCAGCUCCAAGCCCAGAGAGGAAUACACCAAAACCAGCUCCAUAAAAAGCUACUCUAGCCAACCAGACAGCAGUUAUGAGUACACCAGUGUAACCAGUCCCUCUGCCUACACCACAACAUCCUACAAGGACAACAGUAGCAGGCUUGACAAUCUAACGUCUGAUUCCUUCACCUCCAAGUCUAUCAAGUCUGUCUACUCAACUCCCGAGAGGGCUGUGCUGGAGAAAGACCUGUGCUCCUACUGCCGGAAGGGUAUGAGUUCUGACCCCAAGAUGGUCCUGGAGGACAUGAACAUCAACUGCCAUGCCACCUGCUUCAAGUGUGAGGUGUGUAGCAGCACCCUGGGUCAUCUGAAGGCAGGGGACAGCAUGUGGAUCUAUCGACGCACGGUCCACUGUGAGAAGUGUUUUGGCGUCACCAGAGAGAAAUGGUGUCGUUGAUCCAAAUUUACACUACUCAGUUGGAUGGAAGAAAAACAAAAGAAAAUAAAGAAAAUAUGAAUCAACCUAGGCUAAUGCAUAUUAUGGCAGGGACAUUGUUUUUGUUUAGUUGAUGAUUGAGUAUAUGAAAGCUGACAAAUGUACAUGGUCUGAGGUAGCCUAAUACUUAUGGCAGGGGGUGCUCCUUUUAAGUAACAACUGUCAAAUUAUCCUUCUGGAAAAUACGUUUUUCUUAUAUAGGCCAUUUCCUACGGAAGCCAUAAGCGGCCAUAUAUUCCUGUAUUUUAUUGACUCCGUUUUCCCGUGAUAACAAGUUGAUUUCACUUGUUUUCGCGAGCUCUUGAGUUAUUUAUGUAUUUAUCUUGAAUGAACCAAUGUUUUUUCCCCGGGAUUACGGGAUCAUUGUCUCGAGUGUAGCAAGACGGUUACGUUAGUGUGUUUGGGUACAGUGAAAAUCACGAGAAAACGGAGUAGCCUAAAUAAAGUGUAUUGAAUGAAUGGCAUCUCAGGGCUUCCGUACUUGUGUAUUUCUGUGUGUGAUUUUUUUUCUCAGCACCUACUUGCUCUUGUUACAAGUCUGUAUUGUUUGUGAAAUUCAGUGUACAAAACAUAGGGGCCGGAGGCUUUGAGUGUGUGCAAUAAACGUUGAUCAUCAUUCAAUACCUUAUAUUUUCCACAAUAACGAUCUGGUCAAAACUGA